AGAAAUCUAUUUGUGGUUAAAAUUUGUAAGGUAAGAUGGAUGAUAGAAGGAAAUGAUGGGUGUUGAUGAUAAAAUAAAGACCAGUCAGAAAAUGGUAAAUCUAUAAAUGACAUGAACUAAAUAAGAGGUGCUAAGGGCCCUCCUUUGUAGGGAAGGAAUUGUGAUCGAUUCCUUUUGUAUUACCACUUUUUCACCAAUGCAAUAGUUUCUUCCAUUUCGUUCUUUCGAUAAUCCUUCCAGGUAUUAUCAUUUCUCUUCCCAAACCAUUUUCUCAUUUCUUUCUUUUAAUCUCUUUUCUUGUUCACAGGGCUCAAGCUUCGUGAAAAAAAAGGAGGGGAAAUCCUGGUGUUCCGGCAUUUCGUGGUUUCAACGUAUAAACCAUUUCGCCGGAACCCAAGGAAUAAUGUCUUCCCCUAAUAAGAAAUCUGAACCCCAUAACAACACACCCGAUGACGCCACCCCCGACGACUCCACCCCCGACGACUCCACCCCCGACAACUCCACUCCCGAUGACUCCACACCGGACAAUGCCACGCCCGACAAUGCCACGCCCGAUAAAUCAAAUGGAUCACAUAAAGGUUCCUCAUCGUCGUCCACUCAUUCACCACCGACCAAAGAGGCACAUAAAUCGCUGUCGCAUGAAAAGCUGACAGAGUCAACGAACGAGGAUGGCACCAAUAAAGCAGCAUUGGGAGCUGGGAUCGGAGUUGGGUUUGUCAUUCUGGUGUUGCUCGUUGUGUGUUUGGUUUGGUGUUGCAGGAGGAAGAAGCGAAAGCAGAAUAAAAACUACUAUUACGCAUCUCCUUCUAAAGGAAAAGCAGCUAACAAUUAUUACAACACUGGACAACAAUCUCUUCCUCAUUGGCAACCAGGAGCUGGUCCUCAUAUGGGGGAGCAUGUUGUGAGGGUUCAACAACAGCAACAACAACAGGGGAUGGGGAUGGGGAUGGGGAUGCAGAUGGGGAUGCAGAUGGGAAUGGGAAUGGGUCCUCCUAGUGGUGGCUGGGGAACAUCACAUCCUCAAAUGAGCAGUGGUGAUAUGAGCUCUAAUUAUUCAGCGGGUAUGGGUUCCUCAUCGCCAGGCCUUCCUCUCACGCUCAAGAGUGGUACCUUCACUUAUGAGGAGCUAGCAGCUGCCACCAAAGGUUUUGCCAAUGACCAGAUUAUUGGACAAGGUGGCUUUGGUUAUGUCCAUAAGGGAGUUUUGCCUAAUGGAAAGGAAGUGGCUGUUAAGAGUCUAAAAGCAGGUAGUGGACAAGGAGAACGCGAGUUCCAAGCUGAGAUUGAAAUCAUCAGUCGAGUUCAUCAUCGUCAUCUUGUGUCACUUGUUGGAUAUUGCAUUUGUGGAGGCCAAAGAAUGCUGGUCUAUGAAUUUGUUCCCAACUCAACUUUGGAACAUCACCUUCAUGGUAAAGGUAUGCCUACCAUGGAUUGGCCUACUAGAAUGCGAAUUGCGAUUGGAUCUGCCAAAGGGCUUGCCUACCUUCACGAAGAUUGUAGCCCUCGAAUUAUCCAUCGCGACAUUAAAGCUUCUAAUGUCCUUCUUGAUCUAAGCUUUGAAGCCAAGGUGUCUGAUUUUGGACUUGCAAAGUUGACCUCUGAUACUAAUACACAUGUCUCAACUCGUGUCAUGGGAACAUUCGGGUACUUGGCACCAGAAUACGCAUCAAGUGGAAAAUUGACAGAGAAGUCUGAUGUUUUCUCAUUUGGGGUCAUGCUUUUGGAACUCAUAACAGGGAAACGACCUGUAGAUCCAACAAAUGCCAUGGAAGACAGUUUAGUGGAUUGGGCUCGACCACUCCUGAAUAAAGGAUUGGAGGAUGGCAACUUUGGAAUGUUGGUGGAUCCAUUUUUGGAAGGUAACUACAAUGCCCAGGAAAUGACAAGAAUGGCAGCUUGUGCAGCUGCAAGCAUUCGUCAUUCUGCUAAGAAGCGUUCAAAAAUGAGCCAGAUUGUGAGAGCACUGGAAGGAGAUGUCUCAUUGGAAGACUUAAAAGAUGGAAUGAAACUUACAACAGGGAAUGGGAAUAGUGGUGCCUACCCUUCUUCGUCUGGAAGCUCAGAAUAUGAUACCAUGCAAUACAAUGCUGAUAUGGCAAAGUUCAGACAGGCAAUAAUGUCGAGCCAAGAAUUUAAUGACAGUGGUGAGCUUUCCAGUAAGGAGAUCGGUUAUCAUUAGAAACCUAAACCUAAGUUUGGAAUGCUGAAUCAAAUGAACCAAUUCUCAGCUAAAUUUGGGUCACCCUUCGCUUACUUAACGUUUUGCUAAUCUCAAGUCACAAUACCAAAAAAAGUUCUCAACCAUAGGAAAGUAAAAAAUACAUCAACAAUUUUAUCACUGGGGUUGUUAUUAUUUUUUUUAUCUAUUUCGUUGGUGUAUAUGUGAAGUGAGAUCUCAUACUAUAUAGGAAAUGGGGGAAUGAAUGAUUUGGUUUUGUGGCCCUAUUAGUAUGUUUGAGAUGCACGUUACAACGCGCUAUUAUAAUGUAACAUUCUUUUAAUUGUUGAUUUAUCUUCUGAUUUGGCAUUAUGUUCAAUUUUUUAGAGAUUGGUAAAAG